AUGUUUUGGUCAAAAAAAGAUAACAAGCCAAAUCUAACAACGUUAAAUGAUAUUUUAUUUUCUGCGGAUGAUCAACUUAAAAAAUAUAUGAAUGUAAUUAUACAUGGACCAGCCCAAAAUGGUAAACCAGGAAUUAUAGAUUUUCGAAUCCAUAUAAAACAACAACCUAAAGAUU